AUGACUAGUCCUGGCACAAAGGGGUCUUGGCUCUCGCAGCCGACGGUGAAGAGCGUGCUGGUGUAUCGCAAUGGGGACCCUUUCUUCCCAGGGCGCCGUAUUGUCAUCCACGAGAAGAAAGUGUCCAACUUUGAUGUAUUCCUGAAAGAGGUGACAGGAGGGGUGAAGGCACCCUUUGGAGCUGUGCGAAACAUCUAUACCCCCCGGGGUGGGCAUCGUGUCCGGCAGCUGGAGGAGCUCCAGAGUGGAGAGCAGUAUGUAGCUGGUGGCAGAGAAGCCUUCAAGAAACUCAACUAUUUGGACAUUGGAGAAACAAAGAAAAAACCUGCUGAGGUCAAUAAUGAGGUUAAGCCAGUUACUCACAGUAGAAUCACUGUGUCAGCACGGUUUCGAAAGCCACUCCAGGAACCCUACACUAUUUUCCUGAUUGCUAAUGGAGACCUUAUUAGCCCUGCAGUUCGCCUCCUCAUUCCCAGGAAAACACUGAAUCACUGGGAUCAUAUUCUUGAAAUGGUUACAGGAAGAGUUACUCUCAGAAGUGGAGCUGUUCACAGACUUACAAAGCUGCCAAGUCUUAUGCAGUUUCACUUGUGGCUUUUUAAAAAAGAAAUUAUUGAUCACCCUCAUCAGAAUAGGGAUAUAAGUAAGAAAUAUGAGAGAGGAGACAAUGAGAAAACAGCUUUUCGGCUUGCCAGAUUGUGCAUGGGGAUGGGGUACAGCAGCCUGCUGGGCAG